GCCGGGCGGCGAUAGUGAGCGUCUAAAGUUUAACCACCGCUAAAACCAUAGUAAAGAAGAAGACUAUUCCACAUUACAACAAGAUACAGUGGAUACGAAUGAUGUAGCACAGGUUUUCGAUACUUGUUUUGGCGGUGUGGCCUAGUUUUAAUCUAUUUUUAAUUAACCUCCAAGACUCCAAGAAGCGGGAUAUUUCUGGAGCCAACAUGGCGACUACGGGAAGUACGGAUGGACACCAGCGUCUGGCCACCAAUCAAGACCCUACUGUGCAGGAGUGUGGCGCGGAGGAGGAGAAGGAGAAGGAGGCGGGUGACGUCAACUCCACUGUUGCUGAAAAUGGUGACCACAGGAAAGAAGCUGCAGCAGAUGUCAGCCCUUCCUGCUCUGAUCCACAUCCAUCGCCAUCGUCCACAGACCAGACGUUCACGGUCACAGCUUCGGUUCCUGACGAUGAACCAAACAGUUCUUCAGAGACAGGAACUGGUCCUGAGGUAAAGACAGAGGAGACGGACAAAGAAAACGUAUCUGUAACAGACGAGAACAACUCAGAGGGCGAGGACACAGAUAUGGACAAAACCUCAGACGCGCAAAAGGACUUGAAGGAGAACGCUGCGCCCCGCAGCUGUACACUGAGGGUGUCUACAGCGGAUGACCUGGACGAGAUGAUGGACAUCGGUACGGUGGACCAGAUAGACCAAGAAGCUCAGAUGGAAAAGGAAGAGGGAUGGGAAACACCCAGAGAUGUGCAGAGGACGCCCUCUUCUGGCAGCUCUCCCACAGGUCAAGUGGAGGAGGAUGAGGAGGAGCAAGGAGAUGUGAAGCCCAGUGUUCUGACACCUCCUAAGGCAGAGACGCAGGAGGAAACGACCAGUUCAGGGAGAACCAGCUUAUCGCCCCCGCCCAAGGUGAAUGGAAUGAGAACCCGAUCCCAGACGGCUAAGUCGUCCAGGUCCACUUCACCGCCGCUGGUCAAGGUGAAGGACGAGCCCGAGGACGAAGAGUACGACCGAGCUCUGGUUUCCUCCACGUCCGACGCCAGUGUGAAGGACGAACCAACCACGGCCAGGGAGGACUUGGGGAUCGGGUCGGUCUACUCCGUCACCCAGUCUACCAGUUCCCAGAAGCCUCCUGUCCUCUCGUCCUCACACAUGUCCUGCUUCAACUGCAAAAAGAAUCUGCUGAAAGGACAGACGGCGUUCCAGAGGAGGGGCUGCUCGGCGCUCUUCUGCUCCACCUCCUGCCUGGCCACCGCCCUGCCCAAUCAGAAGAGUCUCAGCGUCAUUUGCUUCAACUGCCAAAAGGCGGUCCUCCGACCUCAGGACAUCAUCCUGUCCCCCGACGCUAAAGGAGCCAUGAAGGAGUUCUGCAGCCAGAGUUGUUUGAGUGCCUUCAACUACAAGAAAAGGAGCUCCGCCACCAAGAAACCAGAAGCCACCAAAGCAAUAGUAUCAAAAGGACCGCACUGUAUCUGCAGCGUGUGCAACAGGAUCUGUGUUAGUAAACACGAGGUGGUCCUGAACGAGGCCGUGCACAAACUCUGCAGCGACCUCUGCUUCACCCGUUUCCGCUCGGCGCACAACCUGUCAGUGGCCUCCUGUGCGAACUGUGGCUCCUUCUGCCACGGAAAGUCAAUGACGCUGCGGCUGGAGGGAACCAGCAAAACCCUGUGCAACCUGACCUGCCUGGCCAAAUACAAGGAGAAAAACAAGACAACGCAGCCGUGCUCCAUGUGUCGAGUCGAGCGCUUGAUAUCGGAGAUGGUGGACAACAAAAACAACGAGGACGACUCUGUCAACCUGUUCUGCAGCAGCAGCUGUGUGAUGGCCUUCAUGGUUCAGACCGUCAGUGCCUCAGGGGCGCGGGUCAACUGUGACCACUGUGGCAAAAAUGCCGUCCCUGCGUAUCACCUGGCCAUGUCGGACACCAGCAUCAGGAACUUCUGCUCUCUGCCCUGUGUCAUGACUUUCCAGGAGAAUUUUAAGAAAUCCCAAAAACAGAUGAACAUCUUCACAAAGUUACCAGUUGGAUCGUCACAAAGCCCGGAGUCGGCUCCAGUGGAGCUGGAGGCGGAUCUCUCCAAGGACGCCGACGCACUGAACUGUUCCCAGUGUGGACGCCACAUCACCUUCACACCUGAAGUCAUCCACCUGAAGGAUAAGAUGGUGUUUGUGUGCAGCCCGGAGUGUUCGCAGGAAUACAAGAAUGACAACUUUGUCACCAGUCCGUGUGAGUACUGUAAGGCAGAGAAGAUCACCACGGAGGUCAGGAGGAUCAACAACAAGGACUGUCACUUCUGCAGUGAAGGCUGUAAGCUCCUCUUCAAACACGACCUGGCCAAAACCUGGGGCAAACACUGUCCGUCCUGCACCUACUGCCACUGCACCUCAAAGAAGGUGGUGACAGCGCAGUACGGGGGCGCCACCGAGGAGUUCUGCUGCGAGGAGUGCAGGUCCAAAUACACCAUGCUCUUCUGCCACUUGUCCAAAUGUGACAUGUGCGGAACCAAAGGGAAACUGAAGCAGAGUCUCCCCCUGCUGUCCGAGGUCAAGUACUUCUGCGAUCAGACCUGUCUGCUGCAGUUCUGUGUUGAAAAGUCGUCACAGGGAGAGCUCUCCAAAGAUCCAGCCGAGGACACACCUGUCAUCGCCAACGUCAUGUCGCUCGCAUCAGAAAAUGCCACGGCUUCUGAGCAAAGUAGCAGACAAGCAGGCACAACUACUAAACCUCUGUCAAAGAACUCGACACAAACUGAAACAGUCGAACCACAAUCUCCAAAAAUCCUGAAGAACAAAGCUCUUCUCUGUCGACCGCUGGUGAAGAACAAAGGAGUCUCCUGUAGACUACAGACGUCAGACGCUGAGUCACAGACAGUUGGCAUCUUCCCAAAGAUGAUGGUGAUUCCCGUGCCGGUGCCGAUCUACGUCCCAGUUCCCAUGGCCAUGUACAGCCAGUUGACUCCUCAGGCCGUGGCUCUCCCUCUACCACUUCCUGUGCCCCUGUUACUUCCUGUCACCACGGACAACGCCGAACGCAUCAUAGAAACCAUCCAGGAGAUCAAGGAGAAGAUUCCCGCUGAUCCUUACGAGGCCGACAUCAUCCUCAUGGCGGAGAUGGUGGCGGAGCAGAGCGAGCCGGAAGUAAAGGAAAAGAAGGCAAAGGUCAAGGUGGAGAGGAAGUCGGGGAGACGUGCGACGGCGGCAGCGGAGGAUCGCACCGGUGCCUACGGUGACGACCUGGACACGGAGGACUUGGCCACUUUCCUCAACAACUUUGAAGACAACUCCUCUGACACGGGUCUCAGGCCGCUGAGUCGACCUCACUCGCGGGAGAAGUCCAACUCGGUGGCGAAUGCUUCUGCGGCCGUGGACUCCCAGCCUGUGGCUCCGCCUCCUAUGGACGUAGAAACUGAUUUUAACGUCGAAACUCUGGAGAAGAUGGCACGACUGAGGGAGCAUUCCCAGAGGUCUCCCAGUCCCCCUCCCACCACCUCACGACGGAGACAAGCUAACAAGAAAGGUCGAGAAAAGAGGGGUCGUAAGGCGCAGGAGUCUAAAGCGGCAGACAAGAAAUCUCAAAAAGGUUCUGCCCUCAAGGCCGCUGCCACAGAUCUCCCAAAACUUCAGAGUCGAUACGGAGUGGACGCCUGGAAGCGAUGGAUGCAGUGGAGGCAAAGUCAGCCCAACCUGGUCAAACCUCGAUUCGGUUCGCGGCCCAUGGAGUUGAAGGAGGACCUCCUCAAAUGCACCACAACCGAGCUGAGCUACGGCCUCUGCUGCUUCAUCUCGGAGGUGAAACGACCCAACGGGGAGCCGUACACGCCUGACAGCCUCUUCUACCUCUGCCUGGGCAUCCAGCAGUAUCUGUUCGAGCACAGUCGCGUGGAGAACAUCUUCACAGAUCGGUUCUACAGCAGGUUCUCUGCAGAGUUCACCGAGAAGCUGAGGGAUUUUCAGCCUUUGGUCACAGACAGUGGUUACAUUCACUCCCUUGUGGAGGAGGAGUUCCUGUGGGAGUGUAAACAGUUGGGGGCGUACUCCCCCAUCGUCCUCCUCAACACGCUCCUCUUCUUCUGCUGCAAGUACUUUGGCUUCACCACGGUGGAGCAGCACCGGCAGCUCUCCUUCGCCCACGUCAUGCGCUGCACCAAAAACAACCUGGACAACACCCGCACCACCUUCCUGCGCUUCUACCCGCCCAUCUCCACGGAGGCAGAGUCAGACCCCGAGACUCCGGCCAAGAAGCGUAAGGACGAGGAGGCUAAGGAGGACAUCCUGGAGAUGGUGGAGAACCAGGAGAACCCUCUGCGCUGUCCUGUUCGACUCUACGAGUUCUACCUUUCUAAGUGCUCUGAGUCGGUCAAGCAGCGCACCAACGUCUUCUACCUUCUGCCUGAGCGAUGCUGCGUCCCCAACAGCCCCCUCUGGUUCUCCUCCACCGCCCUGGACGACACCACCAUGGAGGCCAUGCUCACCCGCAUCCUCACCGUCAGGGAGCUCCACGUCCAUCUGAUGAAGCAGAAAAGCACCAGACGGAAAACCAGCAGAAAGUCGUCGUACCGACCAAACACGGAGGAGGAGGAGGAGGAGGAGGAGUUGUCGGAGUGACGGAGAGACGAAAACUGACUGACAAACUUCAGAAGUGACCUUUUCCUGAUCAGUGCAGCCAACGGUGGUGUAGACCGACUGAUACAUUGGUUCAAACAAACAAUAAUUGACUCUUAGCUCUGGUCAUGAACUUUCUGAAAAAGACUUGCUUUUGUUUACUGUCACAAAGAAAUAGUCAACAAAGCGGCCACUAGUGAGGAGCUCAGCAGGUACACAGACAAACAAAAGGCUUUUCUCAUUGAUGUUGACAAGAAAUAUUUACACCAAGAGACACACUGAACAGAUUUCACUGCUAACUUUGUCCAACUACACAAUCAGAAUCAGAACAUUCCUUAUUGGUCAAAAAAAAAAGAUUCUUUAAAAAAAAAAAA